UCAAAGUCGAAGAAAUCUGUACAUUAUGAGCAAUGAAAUAUGCAUAUUAGAAUUUUUUAUCUUCUUCAUCUUAUCUUCCUCCUACUUGUCAUGGUUCAAGGCUUAUAACAAGUCGUGGAAAAUGAUCCAUCAUCUCACAUGGAUCACAUGGAUCAAUCAGCCAUGGUGUUUUUCACCUUGAAACAUCUUAAAGUCGGGAACUCGAUGCCAAUAUAUUUUCCGCAGAAAGAUUCUUCGAGUUCUCCUCGCCUUUUGCCUAGAGAUGAAGCUGAGUCCAUAGCUUUCUCAUUAAAAUCACUCCCUAACCUGCUUCGGUUCUUCGCUUUCUCGGAGGACUCUCCCCAGGCUAAAGCAAUGGAAGGUACACUCCGAGAAUGCGAAACUGAAUCCAUCAAAGGGGAGAUCAAAUUCUGCGCUACUUCUUUGGAAUCGAUGCUCGAUUUCGCAACCAACAUCUUUGGAAACAAUGACGAUUUCAAGAUCGUUGCUACAGAACAUCAUACGAAGUCGAGCACACUUUUCCAAAACUAUACCAUGUUAGAAACACCGGAAGAGAUACCUGCUCCGGUGAUGGUGUCGUGUCACACCAAGCCCUACCCUUAUGCCGUACUGUAUUGCCAUAGCCAGUUGACGGAGAACAAAGUUUUUAAGGUAUCAUUGGGUGGUAAGAAUGAUGAUAUAGUGACCGCGGUUGCUGUUUGUCACAUGGAUACUUCGCAGUGGAAUCGAAACCAUGUGUCGUUUCGCGUGUUGGGGAUCUAACAUGGGACACUUCCUGUCUGCCAUUUCUUCCCGGCGGACAACUUUGUUCUUGUUCCGAACACUUGAAUUUGUAGUACUUGUGUUU